CUACGCCCUCCAAACUUCCAAGGCUAAAGCUUCCAUUCUCAUCGUCUCCAGAAAUGGAGCUCACGCUAACAAUGUCCAUGGCCACGGCACUGAUGGUUACCAUCGUCGUCAUCCUCGUGCUCGGCUCCGUCGUGAGGCCGCGCCGCAGACAGCGGAAGGCGCUGAACCUCCCGCCGGGCCCAAGGGGAUGGCCGGUGUUCGGCAGCCUGAGCUUGCUAGCAGACACGCUCCCCCCGCACCGUGUGCUAGCCAAGCUCGCGGCGCGCUACGGCCCGCUCUUGCACCUCCGGCUCGGCUCCUUCCACGUCGUGGUCGCCUCCUCCGCGGACACGGCGCGGCUCGUCCUCAAGACCCACGACCUCGCCUUCGCCGACCGCCCGCCGGCGGCCUGGGGCGCGAUCAUCGCCUACAACUACAAGGGCAUCGUGCAGACGCCCUACGGCCCCUACUGGCGCAUGGCGCGCAAGCUGUGCGCCACGGAGCUUUUCUCCGCGCAACUCGUCGACAAGUUCGAGCCCGUGCGCGCGGAGGAGACGCGCGGCCUGACGCGCGGCCUGUUCGAGCGUGCCGGCACCGCCGUGCAGGUGAAGGAGCUCCUGAUGAGCUUCACGAUGCGGAACAUCCUCCGCAUGGCGCUCGGGGAGAAGUGGUCGAGCUACUACUGCAGCGCCGAGGGUGAAGGGUUCCGGCGCUCGCUCGAGGAGGCGUUUGCGGUGAGCGGCGCGGUGAGCAACGUAGGGGAGUGGGUGCCGUGGCUCGCCUGGCUCGACGUCCAGGGUUUGGUCCGGCGGAUGAAGCGGGUGCACGUGGUGUUCGACCGGUUCAACGAGCAGAUCCUCGACGAGCACCAGGAGGAUCGUCGGCGCGCCGGCGCUGGCGGGUUCGCGGCGAGGGACCUGGUGGACGUGCUCCUGCGACUAGCCGAGGAGGGGCAGGAGGAGCCAACGGAGACCAGGCUCACACGUGCCGGAGUCAAGGCCAUCGUCCAGGACAUCCUCACCGGCGGCACGGAGACCGCAGCGGUGACGAUGGAGUGGGCCAUGGUGGAGCUCCUCCACCGCCCGGACGCUAUGGCGGCCGCCACCAGCGAGCUUGAACGCGUGGUGGGGCGCGGCCGCUGGGUCACCGAGAGCGACCUGCCGGAAUUGCCCUACGUCGAUGCCGUCGUGAAGGAGACGAUGCGGCUGCACCCAGUGGGUCCCCUCCUGAUCCCGCACCAAGCCCGCGAGGACGCGGUGGUCGGCGGAUACGACGUCCCCGCCGGCGCGCGCGUGCUGGUGAACGCAUGGGCCGUGGGGCGCGACCCGGCGUCGUGGCCCGACGCGCCCGGCGCGUUCCGGCCGGAGCGGUUCCUCGCCGGGGGCAGCGCCGAGGGCGUGGAUGCGCGCGGGGCGCACUUCCAGCUGCUGCCGUUCGGGUCCGGGCGGCGGAUGUGCCCGGCGCACAACCUCGCGAUGAGGGAGAUGGCAGCCACGCUGGCCAACCUGGUGCAGGGGUUCGCGUGGCGGCUGCCGGACGGGGUGGCCCCCGAGGACAUGAGCUUGGAGGAAUCCUUCGGGCUGUCCGUGAGCCCGAAGGAGCCGCUCGUUGCGAUCGCCGAGCCAAGGCUGCCGGCACACCUCUACACCACAGUCCACUAGUCAUCCGGCCGGGUUUAUGUUUACCAUUCAUCAGGUGUUUGUAAAUGUAUGGUAUGUCACGUUAAAACAUCAGUGGUGUUCUUGAGUUGUUCGGCACUAAUUACAGUCCCGUGGCACACUACAAGCUUCUGUGCUCAUCCGUAUAGUAUCUCCAAGAGUUACAAAGCGAUAAA